UCGGGAACUCUCCAUAUUUUUCAUGUAACUUACAGAUUCAACCCUAUGCUCUCCUAUAAAUUCUCCCACUUUCAAUUUUCCACAGCACGAAGAAUUUCAGCGAGCAAUCUUCUUUUUAGUUUUCUAACAGUUUGACCACUCUAUAAUCUACAUCUAACUUCUCCAAGCCUCGCUUAUUUUUUAUUUUAUCCGAAAAAUGUCGCUAAUUCCAAGUGUAUUUGGCCGACAAAGCAACAUUUGGGAUCCAUUUUCUCUCGACCCCUUUCAAGACUGGCCGUUUAAUUCUGCCCUCUCCACUCAGAUUCGUUCCGACCUUUCCAACGAGACAUCUCAGUUUGCUGCCACUCGGAUUGACUGGAAAGAGACGCCGGAAGGCCACGUAUUUAAGGCAGACCUUCCAGGGCUGAAGAAAGAGGAAGUAAAGGUGGAAGUUGAGGAAGGUAACAUACUGCAGAUUAGUGGAGAGAGGAGCAGGGAGAAAGAGGAGAAGAAUGAUACCUGGCACCGUAUGGAGAGGAGUUCUGGCAGAUUCUUCCGCCGGUUCAGGCUGCCGGAGAAUGCCAAAAUGGAUCAGGUCACGGCCAGCAUGGAGAAUGGUGUGUUAACUGUAGUUGUCCCCAAAGUGGAAGUGAAGAAGCCUGAUGUCAAAGCCAUUGAGAUUUCUGGUUAAAAGACUAAAAAUACCCAGAAAUUGUUUUGAAGUCAUAUAUGUAUUUUCGCUGUGUGCUUAUUUAAAUUGGGAUGUUAUGUUUUGAGUUGUCUGUGUGUUAUUAUUGAAAUAGUUGAGUUUUGAAGUGUGCGUAUCGAUGUCGAGGGAUUGUGUUACGCUGAAUAAAACUUGUUUUUACUUGAUUGUAAAAUAUAUAAUAUAAUCAAGUUUUUGGUUUUUUCU